AUGGGCACCCGCGUUUCACUGUCGUGCGUACUGUGCUUGGCAAAUUUGGGGGGCAGAGUUGGGGUCGCCGACAAAACGAAACAUGGAUGUGCAUCUGAGACGGUUUGGGUGACAGCAGCAGGUGGAUCGCUGUCUGCGGGUCACUGCCCGGGUGGUCUGAAGGGGCUCCAGGCGCGCCAUAGGCUUGAUAGGGUCGGGGUCCCCUGGAGACGGGAGUCUCGUCCCGGGGGCGGCUGCUCAUCCGAACCUGGAACAGGCAAGACACGGCGCCCUGUUACGACUUGA